AUGGGAAGGUUCCUGAUUGUCACCAAGGAUAACUGUGACACAGAGCUUGUAGAGAAGAUCAGGAGCACGCUGGACUGCCAUAUCCAUGACCAAGGCAUCGAAUAUGAUGGCAUAGUUAUCCUUGGCGGAGAUGGCACUGUGCUCAGGACUGUUGCAUCUUACCAGACCCCUCCCAUUGUGUAUGCAGUGAACAGAGGGAGAGUAGGCUUUCUUUGCCCCAUCCCACACACUGCAGUGGACGAGCUGGUUGAACGUCUAAGAGAUGGGAAGAAGAUCGAGUUUGUUGAAUUAAAAAGGCUCUGCUUGUCACAGAAGCACCAUUUCCUGAACGAGGCAGUGAUAAGGCCGUCUUCCAUAGGGCUUGGGAUAUUCAGGAUAUUCAUCGACGACAUCUCGCUUGUGGUGAGGGGAGAUGCUGUCAUUGUGGCAACAAAGGUUGGAAGUAGUGCAUAUAAUGCAUCCUUGGACGGGCCUCUACUUCUGGACGAAGGAAUAGUUGUGAAUGUGGUUGCACCAAACAAAUGCAGGUUUAAACCUAUUGUGUGUGGAAUUAAGUCUAGGGUCCGCGUGGAGGUUGAUGGCGAUUUUCAGAUCAUCCUCGACGGGAUUUUAUGCGAAGAGAAGUCCUUUGAUGUGUGCUAUGACGGAUCCUCUGUGCGGUUUGGAUACCUAAGCCCUUGUGAUCGAUCGAAGAGAAUUGGAGAACUUUUUCUGCUUUGA